AUGCAGCUUCGGUCAAGCAGUCUAAAUCACAGCUCCGGCGCAGUAGUCGUGGCCGAGUGGUUAAGGCGAUGGACUGGAAAUUCCAUUGGUGUCUCCCCGCGCAGUCACAGCCAGAAACCUAUACGAAUCGGUGACCUAUCAAUUGACCUGCUGGAAGUUUUACAUAAAAGACAUCCAGGCAAAAACCACACGCCAAUAAACCACAUCUUUGCCAUCGCUUUCAAAGCUGCUAACGGAGAAGAGAUGUACAAAGAAGAGCGCCUUAAACUGAGACUCAGAGAAGAUUCCAGAGUCAUCAAGGAUGAAAGCUCGGAGGCAGACUAUGAGGGAAGAGAAGGAGAAGAGAAAGAAGAGGAGGAAGAAGCAGCUCCAGGAGAAGUACAGCAAGCUCUUGAAGAGAAUGAGAAAGAGGGAGCAGAAGAAGGAGGUCCUGCAGAAGAUCAAGCCCCUGCAGUGGAGGAGAAGAUGGAGGAGCAAUCUCCUGCAGUGGAAGAACAGGCAGGAAUGAAGAGGAAAAGAAAUGAAGAGGAAGAUCCAGCAGCGGAGAAUAAAGAAGAGCGAGUAGAUGGAGAAGAAGCUCCUCCGGAGGUAGAAAGGCUGACCCUCCGAAAACGGCCAAGGAAGGACUACAGAGGAUUUAGCAUUCCACCAGAAGACUCUUCAGACAGUUCUGCUGCCAGCGACGCAACCCUGCUCCUUGCAUGCCUUCUGUGGCUGUUUGUACAUAUUUGUGUGUUUGUGUGUGUCUAUGUGUGUCUGUGAGUGUUUGUCUAUGUUUGUGUGUGUCUGUGUCUAGCCAUGAUCCAGGGUAUAAACCGACUGCCGUUUGAAGGAGUCAGGAAGGAAUUUUUACCCUCAGUUCAAAUUGGCCAAGUGCUGGGGUUUUUUGCCUUCCUCUGGAUCAUCAGCUGUUGAUUAUUGUUGAUGCCCAACAAUAAUUGGAUAUUUAAAUCAAUAAAUCUCCUG